AUGUGUCUGUCAAUCUACCCCAGUUCGUUCCUGUCUAUCUAUCAAUCUGAGUUCGUUUUAUAUCUAUCUAUCUAUCUAUCUAUCUAUCUAUCUAUCUAUCUGUCUGUCUGUCUGACUCUUUCUAAACACGAAGCAUCUCCAUCUCUUGCUUUGUUUCCCUCAACUUUUAUUUACUUUUUUCUCACUCUCUCCACUGUCUUCCUCUGUCUUUUCAUCACCUUUACCUCUCUUUCUGACUCUUUCUCUUUCCCAGUCUCUUUUCUUCUUUACCCACUCUCCCUCUCUCUUUAUCGCUUUCCUCUUACUUAUCCUCAUAUUCUCUUUUCCCGCCCGCUCAUUCACAUUUCCUUUCUUCUCUUUCUCAAUUACUCAUUUGCCAUCCAUCUUUGUGUACAUAGCUCUCUUGCUUCAUCUACAUUGUCUCUCCUCAUUCUCUCUCGCUUACUCUCUAUCUCGGUUCCUCUCUCUCUCUCUCUCUCUCUCUCUCCCUAUCGCUUUCACUGUCCACUGUCUCUAUUUCUUUUGUUCUUCUUGAUCUGGCUUUAUCAGGUGGAGGUCGGUCGGUCGAUCUCUCUCUCUCUCUCCUUUUUCUCUCUCUUUUUCUUCUUCUCUCUCUCACUUUCUCUCUCUCUCUCUGUUUUAUCUCUUUUUUUUAUCUAUUUCCCUCUCAAAUCCCCUCUCUCACUUUUUCUCGCUCUCUCUUUUUCUCGCUCUCUCUCUCUCUAUUUUUUUCUUUCUCGUUUUCAAUCUCUCUUUCUUUCCUCCUCUUUUUCCCUCCCUUUGUUUCUCUCUCUCUUUUUCUCUCUCUUUUUCUCUCUUUUUAACAUUCUCUCUUCUUCUUUUUCCCUCUCAUUUUCUCUCUCUUUUUACCGCUUCCUCAUUUCUAUUUUUUCUCUCUCUUCUCUCUCUCUCGCUCUCUCUCUCUCUAUCAAUUCCUCCUCACCCCAUUACCCAGAUCCUUCCCUUUUUCCGGGUUGA